AUGAGCCAUUGUCCUGUAGAAUAUUCAAAUCCGAAUUCCCAGAAUACCAUAUCUUAUAUUACCUCAGAUUCUGUUAUUAGUGUCUCGUUUGCAGAUUGUCAGUCGUCUAGUCCUUCAUAUCACUCUCUAUCAUCAAGUACGACUCUUCCUGGUGUUGGCUCUUUCUUAGAUAAAUCAAAUCACCUUUCACACUAUUCUCCUAAUAAAUAUUAUGAUACAGAACCUACUGCGAUUCCGGGACACUCUUAUAUUGAGAACACUGGUGUUUUCGAUAACAAUCUUCCUUAUCCAAUAAAAUCGGAGGCCAUUCACAAAAUAGUAUCUGAGACGUUUAUUACUCCAGAUGCACACAACCAAUCAUGUUUUACAUCUCCUUUACAACCUCUAAAAUCAAUAAACCCAAGUCUUCCUGUCCAAUCUAGUGAACCUUUGUUAACUGGUUUCACUCAUCCACUUUCUAUGGACCAUACUGUUUUAGAAGACGGUGGGUUAGAUUUGGAUCGAGUGUUUGUCGCUAUUAUUAAUGAUCGAAAUUCUGAACAUGAUAUCUUUAAUGACACUGAUGUUAAUUGUGAUAGUGAACGCUGUUCAAUUGACAAACCAAAUUCCUGCAACAAACAAUUACUUAAUAAUAGUAUUCAGUCGUCUGUUAAUCAGAGUAUGCUAACAGAUGAUUCAGAGGACAAAAGUUUAUUACAGUACUAUCCUGUAGUAGAUACUGAGAAGACAACUCAACAUCAAACCCAUCCAAAAACAUCCCCCAUUUCCGAAGUUGACCAAACACACAAAUCGUCUGGAUCAUCUGAAGUUUCAACCCGAAUGUGCGUAGUUUGUGGUGACAAAGCUUCAGGAUUCCAUUAUGGUGUCUCUACAUGCGAGGGUUGUAAAGGUUUCUUCCGACGUGCUAUACAGCGUGAUCAAUCAUAUACUUGUGCUAAAAAUGGUACAUGUGAGAUAAAUAAAACGCUUCGUAAUAAAUGUCAACAAUGUCGACUCCUCAAGUGCAUUGCUGUGGGAAUGUCGAGAGAUGCUGUUCGUAAAAGACGUCAUGGCAAAAAACGGGAACAGUCUUCAUGUGAAUCAGUCACCUUGCCUAGUUCAGAUCCCUCAAACAAAUAUGAAACAUCAGCAUAUUCGGCAGGUUCUGCAGAUGUAGUUUUAACUCCAUCUGAAGCACAUUUAAAUGAAACUACACUUAAUCCCCACGAAAUGCCAGUAAAAUCAACUAAUUUUCAACCAUCAUCUUCAUCAAUACCAUAUUCUACUAAUAUUUCUUUAACUUUAUGUAGUAAUAAUAGUAGCGAUAAUAGUAACAAUUUGAAUAAGGAAGAUCAACAAACUCUAGACAAGUUUGAUCGUUUUUUAAACUAUUGUAAAGAUCAAGCUAUCAAAUAUCAGGCAAAUAGUUGGAAUAUUUCUAAAUCUGAUUAUUAUCACUUAUCAGGAUCUUUAUCAAGACAUUUAUCUCCCAUAAAGCAUACUCCCCAUGAAUUGGGUGAAUCAUUAAAACUUCUUACAGUGGAUGAAAUAUUUUGUCCUGCUCAACUUAAAUUUACACAUGAAUUCGCCUGUCACUUAGAACAGUUCAUACAACUUUCUCAGCAUGAUCAAUCUAUCCUAUUAAGAGAUUGUUUGCCUGAACUUGCUAUAUUAAUGUUAUGUCGCGAAAAUCGGAACAAGACUCAUAUGAACUUUUCAUCUACAUCAAUAAAUUAUCAAUUGAAUUGUUUAUUUAGUCCAUGGUUUCCGAAUGCAGUAGUUACAGAUUCCUCUCUGGAUUGUCUACAUAUGACUUGUGAUAGUAUAACUUCUCAAAGUAUUUUUCAAUUUGCUUCAAGACUUCAACGAUUACAUUUGACAAAUAUGGAAUUUGGACCACUUAUUGGUGUGAUACUUUUUACUCCAGAACGUUCUGAUCUAUUAGAUAUUGACUUUGUCAAUCGUACACAAAAUUUAUGGGCUGAAUUAUUACGUCGUUAUUGUGAAAGUAACGGAUCACAAACACGUUGUGCUCAUUUAAUUAUGAUUUUAUCUACACUACGUGAACUUGCCUCUAAAAUAACUCAUAAUUUAAAUGCAUGGUAUAAAUUAUCCAAUACUCCAAUGUCAAAUUGUCUUAAAGAAUUUCUUUAUUCUUCCAGUUUUAAUUCAAUGGAUGAUUGUUUUUAGUGAUUGUGUAAUUUUCUUAUAAUUUUUCUUGGUGAAUAAUAGUAAGAGAUACCUCUUGCCUUUUUUAAAAAAAGAACAAAAAAAAAACAAUUAGGAUUACUUGCUUACAUAUCUUCUUGUAUUUGUGUUUAAUUUUGCUCUGUUAUUAUUUUAUGAAUAUAUUUGUAAUUAUUUAGAUGAUCAAAUAUACGCACAACAGGUUACCUGUUCACUAAAUCAGCAUAAAUUUUAUAAAUAUUUUUUUUAAAAACAAACAAAACUUUAUCUUAAUGUUCAUACGCACAAUGAUAAUCUCAUCUCUUUGAUAACUUAUAGGCUAUCAAUACUAUUUUAGUGGUUAAUUCAAUUAAAUUAGGAAAUGAUAAUGGAGAAAGGUUUAAAAGUGAUUAUAUGUAAGACUAAACUAUUUCUACUUGGUUGUCUUUUUUACUGCUUAUCAUGACGAUUUUUUCAUAUAUUUUUUUCUGUCUCAUAAUUUUUUUUUACCAAUUUUGUUGAUGCAAUUUACAAGGAUCUCUUAUUUUCGAAAGAAAAUAUUCAGGCACAAUGAUUAUUAUUAUUAUUAUUACUAUCUAUAUGAAUAAUAAUAUUAUUAAUAAUCCAGUGAUUUCGGCUUACCAUGACUAUUAAUACUAUUUAAAACUAUUAUGCGCCUCAUUAUUUUGUUUACAAUUAUAUUCUGAAGUAAAAAGUUGAUAAACAUUAACUCAUUUUCAUCUUUUUCUCUACCCUUCUAUCUCUUUGUAAUGUACAUUGUGUUUAGAAAAUGGUAUUCUUGCAAACAAAUACUCUCACGCAUAUCUCCUGUUUUUAUAUAUUGUAAAACUGUACUUUUGUGUGUUUCUUGUCUUUGAUUUUUUUAAAUCUCUACUAGUAGUGAUAUAAUUCUUGUAUUCCGUCUUCCGAUUUAUUACAUGAUAAAAAACCAUAAGAGAGGUGUAAUUCCAGGACAUUUUGUCAAUACACAUUCUUGUUUA